CCCUUCCUUGCAGGACACCUGAGCCCCACUGCCUGCACCCUGAGGAAGCACAAGACGAAUAGGAAGCCCCGCACCCCAUUCACAACUUCCCAGCUGCUAGCUCUGGAGCGCAAGUUCCGCCAGAAGCAGUAUCUCUCCAUCGCCGAGAGAGCCGAGUUCUCCAGCUCCCUCAACCUCACAGAGACCCAGGUCAAAAUCUGGUUCCAGAAUCGGAGGGCCAAGGCCAAGAGACUGCAGGAGGCUGAGCUAGAGAAGCUAAAAAUGGCAGCGAAGCCCAUGUUGCCAUCAGGGUUCAGCCUCCCUUUCCCUAUCAACUCUCCCAUCCAGGCUGCCUCAUUGUAUGGAACAUCCUACCCUUUUCACAGACCUGUGCUUCCUAUCCCACCCGUUGGACUCUAUGCUACUCCCGUUGGAUACAGCAUGUACCACUUAUCCUAAGAAGAUCAGAAAGACAAAGCGACAGUGAGACAGACUUCCUGGUGGAUCAUGUCCAACCCGGAGAAGGCAGUAUCCCAACCAGUACUGGCCGUUCUUUCUGCACGCUUCUGUCUGCCAUCCUGAGUGUACAGGAGUUUGCGUUAGCAAAGCAAGGCAUCCUGUAUGCUGCGGGUUGGGUGUCUUCUAAGAGUGCUUUGAGUGCUCAGAGUCUGACCCUCAAAGAAAAAAAAAAAAGUGAAAAC